ACACGCUGCUGUCUCCAAACUGCCUGGGGAGGGAUGUGCUGAAGUGUCAGAAUGAAACUCCAGCUUCUCUUGGUCUCCUUCUUUUGUCUCCUUUCCAAGGUGUAUGCACAGCUUUGCCAGACUCCAUGCUACUGCCCAUGGAUCCCUCCACGUUGUCCACCAGGCUCCUCCUUAGUUCUGGACGGCUGCGGCUGCUGCAACAUAUGCGCCCGCAGACUGGGAGAGCCCUGCAGCUAUCUACACAUCUGCGAUCGGAGCCAAGGACUUGUCUGCGAUUACAGCGCUGCCCUGAUGGGGAGAGGAGGAACCUGCAAUUAUGAGGACGACGACGACAGCUGCGAAGUGAAUGGGAAGAUCUAUCAGGAUGGGGAAGUGUUCCAGCCAAGCUGUAAGCUCCAGUGCCGCUGCUCAGGAGGAGGUUUCACAUGUGUCCCCCUCUGCAGUGAGGAUGUUCGCCUCCCCACUCCAGAUUGCCCCCAUCCAAGGCGUGUGGAGAUCCCAGGAAAGUGCUGCCAGGAAUGGAUUUGUGAAAGACAAGACAGGCAGAUCUUGCCGGAUACCAUGGCAGCACAAAGGCUCCCUGGGACAGCGUCGAUAUUGAUCCCCUAUGCUUGUGAACAGUGGAGCACUGAAUGGUCUGCCUGUUCUGCCACCUGUGGCGUAGGGAUCGCCACGCGUGUAUCUAACCAGAAUCAGUACUGCAGGCUCGAGACCCAAAGACGCUUAUGCCUCCUCAGAUCCUGCCAGGGUCUGACGGGAAUAGCCAGCAUGAGAGGAAGAGGAAGCCGCUUGUAAAACCAGCCCGCUCCAUUCAGAAGUUGAUAUACUGGCCUUAUCCUAGCAGCUGGAUCAUCACAAGUCCAAGAUGCUCUCAUUUCUUUGAUAAUGAGAUAACUGCCUAGAAACAGAGAGAAGAAAUGACCGUCUUUAGCUGGGAGAGAGGAAGAAAGCUAAAGUGCAGCUCCUCAUCGCAGCCGACAUCUGUCUUCUCCCUUGAUUCCCCUGCAAUUAUGCUAGGCAAUGUUAUCGUUCAGUGAGGGAAACCAGACCAUAUGUUUUAAUACUGUACAAUACUGAUGUGUUUAAUGCCAGCUUGUGGCUACUAUUAUAAAUCCAUCCAUUGGAAAAAUGAUGCUUUGCAGCUACAGUAAUCUAA